AUGAGCAAGAGCCACCAAGGGAGUUUGCAUAAUCAGGAUAGUAGCUCGCACGAGUGUCGUUAUCCCUUGGGCGAUGAUAGUUCAGAUAUAUGCACCCUUCCGGAUGGCCGCAAACUAGGCUACGCUCAAUACGGUUCGCCUACCGGUCACCCAAUCUUGUACCACCACGGACUUCCUGGCUCUCGCCUCGAAGCCGCUUUUUACCACGACCUUGGCCUCGAGCUAGGUUUGAGGAUAAUCUCGGUCGAUAGGCCUGGUAUAGGCUGGAGCACACCACAUCCCCAACGAACGCUACUCGACUGCCCGAAAGAUCUCGAAAGCCUCAUUGAACAUCUGCAACUCGAAUCCUACUCGAUACUAGGCGCAUCGGGAGGCGGUCCAUACGUUCUCGCUUGCGCAGCAUCACUUCCUCCGACGAAGCUGAAAUGCAUAUCCAUCGUAUGCGGACUUGGACCGAUGGACAUCGGCAUGAAGGGAGCGGACUUUAUGCACAAAAUUGGCUUCCCGUACGGAUGGAAGUACACUCCCGAGUUCCUGAUGGAAUGGUAUUUCAGCCGCGAUGUCUUCGGGCGAAUGGACAUGACCGACGAACAGCGUCUUCAGCGCGCGCUGUCUCCAUCAAGCCUCGCCAAAAUAAAGGAUCUAAGGGACCGAAAGAUCAUGAACGAUGAGGACGUCAUUCGCCUGGUAUUGCGGUCAACCCGCGAAGCGAGAGCACAAGGAUUUGAAGGCAUAGCUUUGGACGGGAAGGUGUUGUGUCGCGAUUGGGGUUUCCAGAUCGAAGGCAUCAGAAAGGAUCUGCGAGCGCAAUUGUGGUACGGCAAGGACGACUGUUUCGUGCCUGCCAACCAUGGUGUGCAAAUUGCAGCGAGGUUAGGCGGUGAUGAUGGAAGAGUUGUGCUGAGGCUUGAAGACGAUACGCAUACUACUAUCUCGCAACGGUGGCAAAGGGAGCAGCUGGAAGCCAUUGCUGCGGUGAUGCGGAAAUAA